CCCGCCCGACCUCCGAGCAACAUCGACAAGUGUACUUAGUGUAGACCAUGCAAGUGCUCAGCGUUACCCUGGCCUGGCUGUGCUGCGUGCAGGGCGUCAUCAGGACGCCCUUGGAGGCCUUUAGGCCCUCGGCAGAGAUACAUCUGAGGAGGCCGGACAAACUACCCUUUUUGCCGCACAAACGACCUGUGCCUCCCUUUAAGAGUGGACUCAAGAUUUUAUACCAGACUGGGGUGUCAGAGGAUGACCUGCCAGCGUGUAGGCCGCGGCAGGUGUGCAGCAAGGUCGACCUGUACGACACCACGCAGCCCUGGCUGGAGAAGAAAUGCCGGUGUCUGGGUCACAGACCGUGCUCUAGCGAACUCACCGCCGAUGACAACCACACGCUCGCCGACAAGACCACCCUCUACAAGACCUGUGAACCAGUCAAGCGGCUGCCAAAGUGCCGGUACUUCAAGGACCCCGCGUGGACCAUCUACACGCUGCCUGACAGCAACGCCACGCAGCAGAUCAUCAGUUGCCACUGCCCUAAGAUGUCGGUCACGUAUCUGCUAAAGAAGCUGCCGUAUACAACGCCAGGCGGGGACCAGGGCAACCAGUACCAGUUUGCGUGCUCGCCUAUCAGUAGACUACGCUGCUCUCGAAAAGAGCCAUGCAAGCUGUUCAGCGUGCGCCGGCGGCACGAGCAGAUUGACGAAGUGAACGCCAACACGAUCUGCCAGUGUCCGCGCGACCACUCCUGCCCCCGGCACCACACGGAGCCAGGCGUACUUGCUGGCGUGACGUACGCGGCUGAAGACAUCCGCACGUAUCACGGGUACUGCAUGCCCGAACCGCCUGAGACGUAUCGGUUUGUGGGCGAGAAAGACUGAAAAUAAUUACGCUUUAUGACGGGCUUAAUAGAGUCGCGGAAUUUUUAUCUUGUUGUCGAUUUUUUUGUCUGUACGGUGCAAUUAUAUAACAAUCUAUCCUAUGGUUAUUACCAAAAAUAUAAUCGUUUUUCUAACUAAAGCAUACCGGGAAGCUGUGCACCAAUUCGUAAUCAAACCUAGAAGGCAAAAAUCCGACAGCAAGAUACGAAUUUGCCUUUAUAUAUUUUAUCGUUGUGGAUAAGACAGGCUUGUUAAUUUAUUCACAGCUAUAAACAAUAGUCACGCGACAAGUGUUGUACGAACGCCUUUAUUUUGAUUACAAUGACGCUAAGUAUCCUUACCACGACUGCCUUAGCAGUGUCAAACUGACAUAUUCGCUAACGUCUGCGUAACUUACUUUCUAUACAUCUCGCUCGCACUAAUAUGAUAUGCGAGUACGAGCGAUGCAUUGAAAGUAAAUUAUGCACACGCUAGCGAAUAUGUCAGUGUCAAACUGGUGGUAGCCGUAAAGGUUGCUUUGCUCAAUACCUGUUUAGUACAAAAACUUAUAAGGCAGCUCGAAAUGCUUUUUUAUUAUUAAUGCUAUUAUUUUUAAGAACUGGACAAAUAGCCCUAUCAUUAACAGAGACCAGCUAAUCGUGACGACUAUAGCAAGUUUCUUUUCAUAACUUCAGUAGGCUGAAUCUUUGUUAAUUGGGGUAAAACACGAACAAAAUGAACAAAUCGUGUUAUUUAUUAAACAACGUGUUUCACUUAAUAUUGUGAAUUUCUUUUGGGGUGUUGAAAAAAGUGAUCCAAUUUGAAAGAGAGUAUCAAAAAUUUGAAUCGAAAACAAAAAAAAAACAAAUGAAAAAUCUUGUGUGACUUUUUUAUAAUUCCCCUCAUGUAAGGGCGCGCAUAUUGUUUCUGUUAUAGUUAUUAUGUAAAUAAUAGUUUUAGAGUAAGUAAUCAUUCCAAACGGUUAGUAUAGAUUAAUUAUUGAUAUUUUAAUUAUUUACUUGCCAUAUGUUGCGUUUGUUCCGAGUCUUCCAUUCCAGUCAAGAAGACAAAAUUGUUUCAUUAUUUUGUUUAUGUUUACUAUUGUCUAAUAGUUUUUGUUAUUUAUGGCGAUAUAGGCGUGGUCUUAAUUAUACUCGAUUAAAAUAUCUUUAAACUUUUUAUAUCCUUUUACAACCUUUUUACGAGACGACCAUAGGGAAUAAGUUACAAAAUGUUGCAGUUCCAAUUUGAAAGAACAAAUUAGAAAAUGACCCAGUUAUCAAAAUGACUAAACUUAAGUUAAUUUAAACAUAAUUAAAGGGUACUUUCUUAUUAUUUCAUAGAAAUGUAAAACUUAAAAAAAAAUCUACAUUUCCAUGAAAUUAUUUGCAAGUGUCCGCUUUAAGCCGAAACUUAAUGUUAUAUGAAAAUUAGUGUCGCAAAGUGAACAUUGGGAGUAAGAUAAUAGUACCCCUAGUGUAAAUUUCAUUUGAUAGCGUGACGUGACAUACGCGUGACAUAAAUUCUUAUUUUGUAUGGUUUUUGAGUUUCCAAAACGUCCCGCUUGGCGCGCUGUUUAAAAUUCCAUACAAAAUGAGACAUAACCAGGCAUCGUAAACUGCGAGCGAAAUCCAUUGAAGUACUAGGGUUGUAACUGGUUGUCAACUAGGGUUAACUGGUUGUCAACUAGGGUUGUAACUGGUUGUCAUACGUCAUUUCAAUGGAUUUCGCUCGCAGUUUACGAUGCCUGGACAUAACGCAAACGCGUACGUCCGUCACGCUAUCGAAUUAAAAUUACCCUAGGGGUUCUGUAUAAGUUAUGAAGCUUAUGUUGAAUUUGCAAAGUAUUUAAGUUCAGGAGUCGAGGCACUACUGAAGACGUGAAGACUGUAUCUAUGUAAAUAUGAAUCAUGUUUCUAAAAUGAUACCUUGACGUGGUUUGUCUUCCUUAUUUGUUUUAUGUAUAAAUUUAAUCAUAAGUUAAAUUAUUGAAGAUAAAUAAAUAAAUGUUUCGAUAUCAAA